UUUCUCUGACAGAUGCUCCUCCACACGAACGAGAAGAGCUUUUCAUCCAGAAGCUGCGGCAGUGCUGCGUUCUUUUUGACUUCAUCUCUGACCCCCUCAGUGACCUGAAGUUCAAGGAGGUGAAGCGAGCAGGUCUCAAUGAGAUGGUGGAAUACAUCACACACAACCGUGAUGUUGUCACCGAGGCCAUCUAUCCUGAAGCUGUUAUCAUGUUUUCAGUGAACCUCUUCCGGACACUCCCACCAUCAUCCAAUCCCACAGGAGCAGAAUUUGACCCUGAAGAAGAUGAGCCUACAUUAGAGGCUGCCUGGCCACACCUUCAGCUGGUGUAUGAGUUCUUCCUCAGGUUCCUGGAAUCACCUGACUUUCAACCAAACGUAGCCAAGAAAUACAUUGACCAGAAGUUUGUGCUGUCUUUGCUGGAUCUCUUUGACAGUGAAGACCCUAGAGAACGAGACUUCCUAAAAACUAUUCUGCACAGGAUCUAUGGGAAGUUCCUGGGUUUGAGAGCAUAUGUGAGGAGGCAGAUCAAUAAUAUAUUUUACAGGUUCAUCUAUGAAACAGAACACCACAAUGGGAUUGCAGAGCUACUGGAGAUCCUGGGAAGCAUAAUCAAUGGGUUUGCUUUGCCUCUGAAGGAAGAGCACAAGAUGUUCCUCAUCAGAGUCUUGUUACCACUGCACAAAGUGAAGUCUCUCAGUGUGUACCAUCCACAGCUGGCAUACUGUGUUGUACAGUUCUUGGAGAAAGACAGCAGCUUGACAGAACCAGUGAUUGUGGGCUUGCUGAAGUUCUGGCCAAAAACUCACAGUCCCAAAGAGGUGAUGUUCUUAAAUGAGCUGGAGGAGAUCCUGGAUGUGAUUGAGCCGUCUGAGUUUGUGAAAGUUAUGGAGCCCUUGUUCAGGCAGUUGGCCAAAUGUGUCUCCAGCCCGCACUUCCAGGUGGCAGAGCGAGCUCUGUACUAUUGGAACAAUGAAUAUAUCAUGAGCCUGAUCAGCGAUAAUGCAGCCAAAAUCCUCCCAAUCAUGUUUCCAGCUCUCUACAAGAACUCCAAGAGUCACUGGAACAAGACAAUUCAUGGGCUGAUCUACAAUGCACUGAAGCUCUUCAUGGAGAUGAACCAAAAGCUUUUUGAUGACUGCACACAGCAAUACAAGGCAGAGAAGCAGAAGGGAAGGUUCAGGAUGAAGGAACGAGAAGAAAUGUGGCAGAAAAUAGAGGAGCUGGCUCGGCUGAACCCCCAGUACCCCAUGUAUUAUGCACCUCUACCCUUGCCUUCUGUGUGCUGUAUGGAAACGGAGACCCCGACUGCAGAGGAUAUACAGCUGCUGAAGAAGACAGUGGAGACAGAGGCUGUGCAGAUGCUGAAAGACCUUAAGAAGGACAAAGUUUUGCUGCGCCGGAAGUCUGAGCUUCCACAGGACGUCUAUACUAUAAAAGCUUUGGAGGCCCACAAGAGAGCAGAAGAGUUUCUCACCUCAAGCCAGGAGGCUCUCUGACGGGCUCAGGAGCUGGCCCAGGAAGCUGUGCCCCAUCCCUUUCCUCCAGGGGUCAUGGAAAUGCACUCGGUUCUCAUGUAUAAGUAAGGAAUGAACAUGGUGAGCUGUGCCUGUCCUCCAUUCCAUCUGCAUACCUCCAGGGUAGAUCUGGUUUUAUGUUAUAACUUGUAUCUCACCACUGUCGUGUCCUGCUUUUUCGCCAUCCUCCUGCUUUUCCACCUUGGCUGUGCAGGGAGCCUGCCUAACCUCUGCUUUUAUCAGUCCAGGCAGGACUCACUUCACUGUGAGCCCAUGUGUGGCUCUGUGCUGCUCCAAACUCCAAGUACACCAUCUCUGCCACACCUGCCACCAUGCUGCCUGUGCAGCUGAGCCCUGCCAUGGUCAGAGGCCAGGCUGAGCUUGGGGCAGAAGCAGAGUUUGUGAAGGCUCUGGUGCCUCUUCAGCCUGCCUUGGGGUGCAGCUCCACAGCUGAAGGGUCUUAAUGUACAGCAGAGGAAACGUUUACUUCCACCUUUCUUUUGCUACAACCCCUUGUUCUGUUGCCCUGUCAGUGGAGUGGGGGUUCAGUGCUUUGCCACCCCCAGUUAAUCUGGGUGCAAGCACUACAUACUAUUGCAGUCCUCCCUUUAGAGCAUCCUUAGAAGCUCUCUUGUGAGAAAGUGAAUUCCUUCUGCUGUUUGUGUUGGUCCGUGCUGACUCAUCUCCUUCCCGAUGUCUUGGGUUAAUUGUGGGCCCAGAAUUAACUUCUCGCUUUGUAGCAGGUGUCAGCCACUGACUUCUACUUUCUUCCUCUACCUGCUCAAUUAAAAUACUCCUGCAGCUCUCCCUUUGUCUCUGUAUCCCAUCCUUAGCUCUUCAGGGCCAGGGUUUCUAGGAAGCUUGUGCUGCUAGUCAUUUCCGCAAGCUAGUGGAAGCAAUGGAUACACCUCACGGGGUGUGGCUGAGUUUGAGUGUUCAAUUUUCUCCUCAUUAUUAUCAAUGGCUAAGCACUACUGCUGAAUCGCUUCUGUGGGUGCUCUGAGCAAAGUUCACCUGUCGAGGCCCUUGUUAGUUAUCACGUGGUGCAUCAGGGACUCAUGCUAACUUAGCAUUUAGAAACGCUGAUAGCCCAGGGGCUUGCUCAGCACUUGGGUGCUACUGUGAUCCAGCUUUCACCCCUGUUGUCUGUGGUGCAGAUUUAGUGCCAGGCCAAGGUGCCAUCUCAGAGGCUGGUUUGUCAUAGGGAGGGAGUCCCUACUUCUCACCUGCUGCACCUGCUUUCUUGACACAUAAGCUCCGGUGGGUUUGCAGUAGUGCAGGGAGCCUGUGGGGUUGGUGCUAGCUCUGCAGCGACAUGGGAUAUUGCAGAAGGUUCUGUAUCUGCUUGUCUUCACAAGUAAACCAUUCCCAGGUCAGAGGAUCACCCCCUCUAAUCUUUCUGCUGGUGUGCAGCACGUCUUUCCUCCAACCCCAGUGAGGCUGUUUUGACCUGUGUAUCCUGCAUCCCUGCCCCGUGUAGCUCUCUCCCAGCUCAGCCCUCACCAGGAAUACCACCAUCUCUUGGGAGGAGCUGGUGUGAGAUCCCCCCCCAGUCACACAGGACCCCACCUCCCCUCCGCCUCACACAACAGGCAAGUUCAUCAGGAGACUUCAGAAACACCUCAGGGAGGUUAUUGCUUAUUCUGAACAUUAGUCUGAGCUCAUGAUCAGCUGCCAAUCAAUUACCUCACGCCUGGCACAGCAUGUGGAUGUGCACCAGGUGGUGCUGAUGGUGCCGGAGCAGCCCAGAGGAAACGAGGGCUGCCAGGCUCAGGCUGGGCAGGAGGCUCCUUCCUGCUUCAGCCUGGCUCUCUAACUGGCUGCUUAGCGGUGCGCUGGAAGCCAAGACCUCAUCUUUAGAUUGCUACAGCGUGGUGUGCCCUCACUUGAGCCUGCUUGCUGCUGGGCAGUGGCUGCCUUUCCUCGCUCUGGGCUGCUCUGCCUGCGGAGGGAACAGAAUCUUGUGGUGUGCAGAGGCUGGCACUGUCCUGCAGAUGAUGUGUCUCUGCUGGCAGCUCCUGACCCGGCCAGAGAAAUGCUGCUGGGGUUGUGCCAUGUGCAGGGGCAGCAUUGUAACACAUCAUGAUUACGUGCUGUACAGCUUUGAUGUUCCCAUCAAAUGAUGUUCCCAGCUUUUUGUGUCUUGUUUUGGGUCAGGGAAUUUAGGCUUAGUACCUUCACUUCAUUCUUUGUUUGCUGCCUAUUCAUUCCAGUGUCCUGGACACCUCAGAAGGGGACCAUGUGAGACAGGGGGGAGUGUGCUUACCCUCUCACCACAUGUACUGCUGAUAGGCAGACCUGCAUCUGCCACACUACAACUGCCCCUUGCUCAAAACUUGGUUUCUAGCAUUAGUGCUGCUCAUUUCUGCCUACGCCUUUCCUCACAUCAGCCAAAUGGACAGAACUGGAGCUGCCUCUUCCACUCCACCUGGCUUGCUCCUCCCAAGGGAAAAAGCAAAACUACUGCAUUCACACCCUGGACACAAGUAUUAAGCUGCUUACAGUUCAUAUGUACAUAUGGUGUACUUUAUUUUCAGUAGAGCAUUACAUAGUAUGAAAGUGUUGGAUUUUGUACAGAUGUCCCUGUAUGUACAGAACUAAAUAAAACCAAUCUCUUGGAAUGACA